GGGCGGGGUGUUUCAGUGUCAGACUCCAAGCGAGCAACUGUGCAGGAUUGGGUCUGGACAAGCGCGAACACAGUACGUGAGUGCAAAAGAGCAGGUUGAUUGAAGUGAUGUCCUCUAGUAUAAUGGACUGUAGAAAGUAAAAGGCAUUUGCAGAGUGGGAGGAUGAUGGUGGCAUUGCAAUUUGUAUACUGUAUACAAUUGGCAUUAUGGUGCAUUGUAUAUCGAGAAACAACUUCGUUCCACUUGUUGAAAUUGAAAGAUGUAUGAUCCGUCCUUCAGCAACUUUGUUCUUCCAAGAAUUCAUUCGACCUUUGGUUGCAGGCUGCACACCAGCCCGGGCUAGCAUGGGUAAUUUUCAUAAGAUGUUUAGCCUUUAGUUCGGACCUCCAGGCUGGUCCUAAUUUUGUAGAGCCUUACAACACCUGAGCAUGGGCUUUGGUGAUGCAAGCGCAAAGGACAAGAAAGCAGCCGCCGCAAAGGCCAAAGAUGAGGCUGCAAAGCAAGCAGCUGAAGAUGCUUCUUGGCAGGAAACAGACAAAGGCACGAGAUCGAACCAAGACAAUAGACAGUUGAUGGUCCACGGUCAAUGCCAAUCUUGUGCAGUGUUCAUGAAGUUCAUAAAGCGAAGGAAAUUGAGCCAAUAGAAUCGGCUUUGUUGGACCAUGUGCCAGGCACAGUCAAAAAGGCACAAAGAGCUGCAGAUGCAGCAGCCAAGGCUGAUGCCAAGCUGGCGGCCAAAGCCGAACUUAAGGAACUUGAAAGACAAGAGGAAGAAGCCAACUCUCAAAUGAAGGGAGCUAACAAAAAGGGAAGUGGCUAUGCGAAGGUAACCCAAGCAGAGAUUGCAAGAAGACAGGCACUGAUGGGUGCAAUGGCCAAGGCAAAUCCAAAGAAGCAAGUCAAAAAGACGGAGGUUGUGUCGCAACCAAAAUUGGAGGCCAACACCAACCGUCAGGAGGAUGUGGUGGAUGCCAGCGGCAUUGAUGCGGCAUUAAGCGCUUUAGAUGCUGGCGUUGAGAAGAAACCCAAAAUGACAUAUGCAGAAUACGAAGCAAGAGAGCUGGAGGGCAUCAGACAGGAAAACCCUGGACUGAAGAUGUCCCAAGCAAAGGAACGCUGCUUCAAGAUGUGGGAAAGAUCCCCAGAGAAUCCGAAGAACCAGGACAAGUGAGAGAGCGCCUCAGCGUUCGUCUCCUAGCAGUGUGUUUCACCAUAGCAAG